CCCUGAUAUUGUAGCUGGCAUUUCCAUGUCUCUCUCUCUCUCUCUCCCUUCUCUGAGGACUCAAAAACAGUGACUCACUCACUGAGUCAAAUCGGUAAAAACUGAGAGAAAAAAAAAAGAGGGUUCUUUCCAAGUUAUUCACUACUUUUCCUUUUCAACAUUGCUAUCCAUUUUUGUUUUUGUUUCUUUUUUGCAUUGAGGAUUGUUCUGUGAGAUUGUGGAUUUAGGAAAGUGUUGUUAAUGUGCACUUUGGAAUUCACUGUGUUGGUUAAUUUCAAGCUUCAAACAUGAAGGAGUUGCAUUCUCUGAGUCUCCUUCAAAUUACUCUGUUUCUUCCUCUACUUAUGUGUAUGAACAAGUCUCAGGGCUCUCCAACCAGUGGUACAAAAUAUUCCAUUUCGAUCACAACGAAGGAUGGCAUGCUGCCUCUUGAUAUCUCUCCAAGUGCACAGCCACAGCCAUUUUUGCCUCUUUUAGCACCUUCACCAUUGACGCCUUUCAAAAACUAUUCUAUGCCUCAGUCUAAACUGUCAGGUCUAUGUUCAUUAAAUUUCUCUGCUGCCGAAGAUAUAAUGACCACAACUGCUACUGAUUGCUGGACUUCCUUUGCUCCAUUUUUGGCGAAUGUACUAUGUUGUCCUCAAUUUGAUGCCCUGCUGUUGGUCCUUAUUGGUCAAUCAAGCAAAUUCUCUGGGGUACUAGCAUUGAACACAACUCAUGCUCGGCAUUGCCUCUCUGAUGUUAAGAAGGUCCUCGUCAAUCAAGGAGCAAAUGAUGACUUAAGGAAAAUAUGUUCAGUCCAUCCAGUGAAUCUCACUGAAGGCUCGUGCCCUAUUGUAUUUGUUGAUGAAGUUGAGAGCAUUGUUGACUCAUCAAGACUUCUGACUGCCUGUAGAAAAAUUGAUCCCGUAAAUGAGUGUUGCAACCAAGUUUGCCAAAAUGCUAUAAAUGAUGCUGCAAGGAAAAUAGCCUUGAAUGAUAUGUCGAACUCAAAUGGUAACCAUAGCUUGCCUGGGAAGACAACUAGGAUCCAAGAUUGUAAGAAUAUUGUCCUUCGUUGGCUGGCUAGUAAACUUGAUCCAUCGGCUGCAAAUAGUGUUUUUAGGGGUCUCUCAAACUGCAACCUAAACAAAGUUUGUCCGUUGGUUUUGCCGAAUGUCACAAGUGUAGUGAAAGAGUGCAGAAAUGAUAUAAGUAACCAAACAAGUUGCUGCAAAGCCAUCAAAAGCUAUGUGUCCUAUUUGCAAGACCAGAGCUUCAUAACCAAUCUGCAAGCCUUGAAAUGUGCUGCAUCACUGGGCAAGAAGUUGCAAAAUGCUAAUGUCUCCAAUAAUGUGUAUAAUCUUUGUCGAAUCGGCCUCAAGGACUUUUCUCUUCAAGUUGGAUCACAAGAAUCUGGCUGCCUUUUGCCAAGUCUGCCUUCGGACGCAGUAUUUGAUAAAUCGUCCGGUGUUGGAUUCAUGUGUGAUCUUAACGACAACAUUGUAGCUCCAUGGCCUUCAUCUUCAUUGUCGCUGCUUCCGUCCUCAUGCAAUAGAACGACGAAACUUCCAUCGCUUCCCACAGCGACGUCUUCACAAAAUGGUCUUUACAUUAAUAACUUGGUUCUACUUCACCUCUUUACCUCUUUAAUACUUUUCAAGAGGCUUCUUUAACAUUGGAGUUCCUUUGGCUACCGGAAAAGACUAAAAAGCCCUCAUUCGUAUCCAGUCAUCAAAUUGUUUAUAUUGUUAGCUAGUAUAGAAAUUCUGCUUUGAGAUAGUCCUUCUAGUACAAUUUUUCAUUGUAUUACAUUACAUUAGCACAUCAUUGUUUCAAUAUUCUUUGAAAUUGUAAUGAGUUCCC